AGCUGCGGGGAGGGUGCGGCGCGGGGCGAGAGCUGCAGCCGAACAGGUGCUUCCGUCGCGAGCAGCCCCGGCGGCAGGCGGCUGCCACAGCGGGACGCCGACUGACUGCCACUCGCAGACUGGUGUGCGGUGAUGUGCUGAGCCACCCAGCGCCGCCAUGACCAGCGCCUGCGCGUCGCCGCUGCCGCUGCUGGCGCUGCUGCUGCCUCUGCUGCUGACCAGCGCUGUGUCUGCUGUCAAGGGGCCGCCGGAGCUGCGGCAGCGCGUGUCGCCCCACCUGGUGGCGCGGCUGGGCGGCUCUGUGCGCAUCAGCUGUCCGGUGGCCGGUACACCGCCGCCCAUGCUCGAGUGGCGCAAGGACGGCGCCCACGUGCGGCCGUCCUGGGAGCGCUUCAGCGUCGACGGUCAGACGCUGCACGUGGCGCGCGUCACCGCCGACGACGCCGGCGUCUACGUCUGCGACGCCGUCAACGGCUUCGGCACCAAGCGCGUCACCACCGAGCUCUACGUCAUUGGCCCGGACGCCUCCGGGCUCUACGACAAUUUGUCGGGCGGCCAGGGUCCGGCCGACAACCUGGUGACGUCCCGCGGCCGGCCGCCAGUCAUCCUGCUGCCCAAGGAGCGGGGUAGCCAGCGCGUGCGCGGCCCGCUCGGCUCCCGGCUCCAGCUGAGCUGCGUCUCCUCCGGCUACCCGGAGCCCGAGGUCAAGUGGUACAAGGAGGGCCGCGUCGUGCUGCCCUCGACCCGGGUCCAGGUCAAGGGCGGCCAGCUGACCUUCACGCAGCUGCUGCGCUCGGACGAGGGCGUCUUCAUCUGCGUGGCAGCCAACAUAUUCGGCUCCGCCAACCACAGCUUCAGUCUGCGGACGACAGAGCCGAUUUCGCACGAUCCCGUGUUCGUUGGGGCGCCGAGCAACACCACCGUCUACGAAGGCGAGACGGCCGUGCUGCAAUGUCGCGUACAGAGCAUCUCCAAGGCGCACAUCAAGUGGCUGCGCCGAGUCCGCCCGGGAGACAGCCAGACGUUCAACCAGACCGAGGUGGAGAUCCAGGGCUCGCGAUACGUAGUCAUCUCGGGCGCGCCGACCGUGCAGGACGGCGACAGCUACUUCACCAAGCUGACCUUGCCGGACGUCGUGCCCAGCCAGGAGGGCGUCUUCGUCUGCAUGGCCGCCAACGACAACGACUUUGAUAAACGGGAGGCCUUCCUGCACGUGGUGCCUGCGCCACCGAACUCCAUGCAGGCGCUCCUGAUAGCGCUGCCCGCCGUCGCCGUCGUCGGCUUUAUCCUGGGUGCUAUCUGCUGCCUGCACCGGAGACGCAAGACGCUGCCGCCACCUAGCGACGACAAGAGUAAACAGCAGGUGCAGCUGGCGCCGCCGGGCGGCGCUCGGCCGGAGCACUUGUCGCAGCGGUACCCGGGCGACGGCGACAGGGCGCUGCGGACAGUGCUGAUGCCGCCGGGGCGCGCGUGCGCGGACGGCGCCAGCGCCGGCGCGCCGCGGGCGCACGGCGUGCCACCGCCGGCACCCUACGACUACCGGCAGUUCCGGCACCUGGACGUGGUGUGAGCGAGGCGGCGGCGGAGUCACCGCCGGGGACACGGGACAUGGGCACCGGGGCGUGCCGCGCAGACUUGAACCGCCGUCCCGCCGACGCCCGGCUGAGACGAGGUGCCGCGGGGCGGCCGCGCCAGAGGAGCGGCGCCGGACACCCGGACGGACCGGCCGGCCCGGCCGCAGCGCGUGGAUGUGAUUGGCGGCGCGGCUGGCUGCUGGAGCGUGUGAGAGCUUCCCAUCUAGUCAUUGUAGAGCCAAACGCCGGGCGCGUGUCGGUGUGAGCCGCCUCUGUACGCGUGUGCAAGUGUGAGACAGCGUGUGCGCGCGCGCGCCUGUGGUGCACGCCAGGGCUCGUGUGGCCCCCAAAUGUUUGUCCAGAGUCCGGCGCUUAUCACAACAAUCUUUAUUUAUAUCAUUCCUUCGAGAGAGCCAGGUAAUAUACACAACUUAAAAA